GCCCUUUUCUGGGGGAGCGCGCCAUCUGAAUUCGAGUUUGGUCACAUCGCCCCGCGCCCUCCGCGGCGGCCAUGCGCCGAAUCGCAGAGGCCGCGGCCGACGGCCGCCCCUCUCGGAGCUCCACCGCUGAGGCGGCGAGACACCGAGAAGGCCCGUUGUAGGUUUUACACAACGGUCUGCGACAGCUCCAAGGAGAACGGCACCGUGGCAAUCCCAGCGGUCGCCUCCGAGGGGGCCCGGAACUGUAAGACAGGGCCGUGCGAGACCGCCAGGCAGGGCUGGGAACGCCGCACGAGCCAGUCUGCCAGAGGUGAGCUCGUGCGAGGCCGCGCCUGCUGUACAUGUGCGCCGCGCGAGGCCACCUGAAGCGGGGGGUGGAAGGAGGGAGGGCGCCAAAUUCAGGGCGAGUCGCUCUGGGGGGGAAGGCCGCGCGCGCGGCGCGGAGAGCCACGGUCCACGUGCGCGGGCGGUCAUGGCUACCCCGCGGCGGCUGCUGCGCGCGCUCUUCCAAAAUGAAAGAAAACAACACAAACAGAGAGCCUUCGGAUGUACGUGCGAGCCUCCGACUUAGUCAGGCUACACACCAUAAGGAGCGCUACGUCAGGAUCGACGCCCUUUUCUUGCCCAAGGGUUAUGUUGCUCCCAUCGUACUUCAGGACCACAUCCCAGCUAAAAAGUAGGCUGGCACAUCACAACCCCAUGGGGGCCCCUCUCUGUGCACGAGGAGCGCAGGGAGGACCUCAGACCCGAAGCCGAGCUGCUCCUCCUCCAUCAGCCGCCGGUCUGGGCACCUCGCUCUGCCUCCUCUCCGGCUCCGGCGCCGCCAUCUGGAGCGCCAGCUCCCCGAGCCUCGUCGUGAACACGUCCAGCCUGGAGAGCAGGGCCCCGCCGGCCAGGGCGGCACCCGGAGCCCGCG